AUGCCUAUUCUGCGAGUCUUCUGCCGAGACUAUCCUCAACGUACUCUGAUUCUGGCCACUACCGACAAUGCUUUGAUCUUUAGAGCCAUCGCAGCAGAAGUGGACAACAGUACUAGAAAGAACGAACAUGGCACGAUCCGUUGCUUGGUUGAAUUCUCCAGUUUGUCUUCCGUGGACUUAACAAGUUACCGCUGUCUAGGCGAUGGGCAUGGUACGCUUGGGUUAAUCGCUCUGGACGGAGAUGUGUUCUUAUGUGUGGUGACCGGUACUUCCAAGGCCGCAACAGUGAGGCCUGGCGAAACUGUAUGGAGAAUCGACAACGUGCACUUCUUUUGCCUCAACCAUUCGGGCUAUGAAGAUGGUCUCUAUUAUGAGUCCGAGUCUGAGUUUGCCGUCGAAGAACUUAACCGGGGUGAAAAUAAAGAAAUGGUCACUGAUCACCCUUUCUUAGCGUUGAAGAAGCUAUUGAGUGAUGGCAGUUUCUACUAUAGUCUCGAUUUCGAUCUCACCGAUCGGCUGCAAAACCGCUCCGACAAAGCUGAUGCGUUCGACAUGGGCUCUUUAGAUGAGGACAUGCUUUGGAACUCAUACAUGAUUAACCCUCUUCUUCUCCUCAGAAGCCGCUUGUCCUUCCCCGAGAAGCUGCACCUCGACAUGUCUCGAAUGUUGACAUGCGUAAUACGAGGAUUCUGUAGCACUUUGACCAUUCCCACCUCUGGACCGAUAGUUUCGCAAACACCAACGCACUUCCUAUCAACGUUGACUGUUAUAUCACGCCAGUCAUCUCGACGGGCAGGUACGAGAUUUAACUCCAGGGGCAUUGACGAUGACGGAAACGUUGCAAAUUUCGUCGAAACGGAAACUGUUCUCUGGAUCCCCUCUGGCCUCACUUUCUCCUACGUCCAGAUUCGUGGUUCUGUGCCCAUUUUUUGGGAACAAGCACCGGGCUUCUUCCCUGGCCAGCAGAAGAUCGAGGUAAUCAGGUCGAGCGAGGCAACCAAACACGCCUUUGACAAACAUUUUGAAAGUCUUGAAUCAAGAUACGGCGCUGUGCAUAUCGUUAAUCUCCUAAGCGCUCUGAAACCUGGAGAAGUCGAGCUUUCAACGAGAUUUCAAGAAUUGGUCAGCAGAAGUCCACUUAACCAGAAGGCUAACGCCCAUGCCGUCUCCGACCAUAUGUUACUUCAAAUGACGGAAUUUGAUUUUCAUGCGGAGGCACGCGGUCCGCUUGGUUAUGGAGCUAGCGAUCAAAUCAAGGAUGUUAUUGUGCAUUCUGUGGAUGGUUUCGGAUAUUUCUUGUCCGAGAGCACUUCCUACGGCAACGAGGCAAAGGCCUCAUCCGUCGUUCUACAGCAAGAGGGCAUUUUUCGGACAAAUUGUCUAGAUUGCCUUGACAGAACCAACCUCGUACAGACCAUCAUUAGCAUGAUGGCCCUUGAAUCAUUCUUUCGUCAGCAGGAAGCUCACCUUACUCCCGAACUUCGGCUCAGACACUCGACCCUUUGGGCUGACAACGGGGAUGCUUUGUCGCGGAUCUACGCUGGUACUGGUGCGCUGAAAAGCUCGUUCACGCGACAUGGAAGAAUGUCUCUCGCUGGUGCCCUUGCAGAUGCACGUAAGACUGCCACGCGGCUGUAUGUGAACAACUUCUCCGACAAAGCUCGACAAAGGACGAUAGAUUUACUACUAGGACGGCUAGCAAAUGAAGCCCCAGUACAGCUCUUUGACCCGAUAAAUGAUAUAGUCUCCGAGAAACUGGCCCAGCGAGCAUCCGAAUAUUCUUACAAGAAAUCAGUCCAGAUCUGGACCGGAACAUUCAACGUGAAUGGACGCCAUGAGGGCCCUGAUAACGACUUAACACCCUGGCUCUUUUCUCACCCCUAUCAGCGAAGCGAGGAUCCAAGUAUCUUUGCCGUUGGCUUUCAAGAAAUUGUUGCACUAAAUCCACAACAAAUCAUGUCGACCGACCCCACUCCUCGCAAGGUGUGGGAGGCCGCUGUCAGAAAUUGUCUCAAUAAUCGUGCAGACAAGAUGGGGAGUGCAAAGUACGUUCUUUUGCGGAGUGGCCAGCUGGUUGGAGCGGCUCUUAUGAUAUUUGUGAAAGAAGAUAUACUCAGAGAUAUAAAGAAUGUUGAGGGCAGUGUCAGGAAAACGGGUCUGUCAGGAAUCAGCGGCAAUAAAGGAGGCUGUGCUAUCCGCUUCGAAUAUUCAAAGACUCGAAUAUGCUUCGUGACUGCUCACCUUGCAGCUGGAUUCGCGAACUAUGAAGAGAGGAAUAAGGACUAUGAGACAAUCUGCCGAGGUCUUAGGUUCCAGAAAAACAGAACGAUUGAUGAUCAUGACACUAUCAUCUGGCUCGGUGACUUCAACUAUCGAAUAGGUCUCAGUAAUAAGAUCGUCAGAGACCUGGCAACGCAACGGAACUAUCAAAAGCUGCACGACAAUGAUCAGCUAAAUCUGCAAAUGAUGGCGGGCAAUGUGUUUCAAUUCUACAGCGAGGGGCUCAUUGCAUUUCCACCGACUUAUAAAUAUGACGUUGGCACAAAUGAUUACGAUACAUCGUAA